CAUAAACGGAUGUGCAUUCCUGAUAUUCGUGGACUCUGGAUUCAUUCCCAACGCGAGCCCUCACCUUUACUUCCGCUUCCAACCGGUAAAGUCCCAUUAGAGAACAAGAUUGUUUUCAGAAGGUUUUUGUGAAAAAUGUUAAAAAAGAGGAGGAGGCUGUGUAUUUACUGUGACACAAACCAAAAGUGUGCUAAAAUCUGAGCGAGAGUGAAGAAGAGUGAGAUUUUGAGAGAGACGAGAAUGGCACCAAGGAGCAACAGUUUACCAACCAAAUCUCUAUCCCUCUCAUUUUUAGUCUUCUGUAUUCUCCCAAUUUCUCUAUUCUUCCUCUUCUACUUAUCCCACCAACAAUCUUCACCAUCACCUUCACUUACUUUUACCCACAAAUUAUCUCCAAAUCAAAAUAAAUCCUCCUUCAUCAAAGUAUACAUUGCAGAUCUACCCAGAUCACUAAACUACGGGUUAUUAGAUACAUACUGGUCAAUCAAAUCCGAUUCCAGAAUCGGUAGUGAAAUUGACAAUGAAUUACGCUCUGAUUUUUCAAAAACAACAAAUCAUAAAUACCUUCCUUACCCAGAAAACCCAAUUAUUAAACAAUAUAGUGCUGAGUAUUGGAUUUUAGGUGAUUUAAUGACACCUGCAGAUUUAAGAGUGAAUUCAUUUGCUGAAAGAGUUUUUAAUUCUGAUGAAGCUGAUGUUAUUUUUGUUCCUUUCUUUGCUACUCUUAGUGCUGAGAUUCAAUUAAUAGUUGAAAAAGGAGUGUUUAGAAAGAAAGUUGUUGGGAAUGGUGAUUAUAUGAGACAGAAAGAGGUGAUGGACUUAAUUAAAGGUUCUGAUGCUUGGAAACGUUCUGGUGGUCGUGAUCAUGUUUUUGUUGUCACUGACCCAGUAGCAAUGUGGCAUUUUAAAGCCGAGCUAGCACCUGCUAUUCUCCUAGUUGUUGAUUUUGGUGGAUGGUAUAAGGUGGGCUCGAAAGCUUUGAAUGAUAGUUCUUCAGAGAUGAUACAGCAUACCCAAGUUUCACUACUGAAAGAUGUAAUUGUACCUUACACUCAUUUACUCCCUCGGUUGCAUCUAUCAGAAAAUCAGGGUCGCAAGACCCUUGUUUACUUUAAAGGAGCAAAGCACAGGCACAGGGGUGGCUUAGUGCGUGAGAAAUUGUGGGAUUUGAUGGUUAAUGAGCCUGACGUGGUAAUGGAAGAAGGUUUCCCAAAUGCAACUGGUCGGGAACAGUCAAUAAAAGGGAUGCGGAGCUCCGAAUUCUGUUUGCAUCCAGCUGGGGAUACACCCACUUCUUGUCGACUUUUUGAUGCUAUCCUCAGUCUUUGCAUACCUGUUAUUGUUAGUGACGAUAUCGAGCUCCCAUUUGAAGGAAUGGUUGAUUAUUCAGAUUUUUCUGUUUUUGUGUCAGUUAACAAUGCCUUGCAACCCAACUGGUUGGUGCAGUACCUGAGAAGCAUCUCUAAAAGGCAAAAAGAUACAUUUCGACACAAUAUGGCUCAGAUUCAACACAUUUUUGAGUAUGAUAGUGGCCAACUAGGCGGUAUUGGGCCAAUUCCUCCAGAUGGUGCAGUAAAUCACAUAUGGAAAAAGGUUCAUCAGAAACUUCCCAUGAUCAAAGAGGCAGUCAGCCGAGAAAAGAGAAAACCGCAAGGUGUGUUUGUUCCUCUUCGGUGCCACUGUACAUGAUUUUCUUUUGAAACUUCUUUAUAUGGUCUAUUUUAUUUUUGUAUUGCAGAAGUUAAAGACAAAUUCACAUGCUUGUUGCAUAAACACUGCCUGUUUUUACAUUGAUCUAAUUGAUUACAGUCAAUUGUUUUUAUGCUUUUCA